AUGCUUGCGAAUUGCACAGAGAACGAAAACACAAAGAUAGAGAAAGAAAGAGCAUUAAUUGGAGAAGAAGAAGAAGAAGAGAAAUGUGAGUUUGCAGGUGAGGAAGAAAACAAUUAAUUGGGUGAGUUUUUGUCCUCCUCCAUUAAUGCGCCGAAUGCUGCUCUGCUCUGCUUCCCACUCUUCAUCAUUAAUGGUUUUUGCUCUUGGACUCGCGACUCAAUCCUUUGGGCUGGUAAAUGGCCCAUAUAUGUUUUUCUCGUGGGCCGUAACAAACCGUAA